AUUGAUUUUAUGCUAGCAGUCGAGGGUGAACCUUUUUGAUAUCAGUUGAUUUCCGUGAACUAGAAAAACGCGUAACCCCUACUCUCAAUAUCGUUUCCGUAAAUUUCCUCGACUGCGAAUAACAACAAAAUUUAGUGAUGAUUUCGUGACUCGAAAUAGCCACCCGUCGGAGACGACGUCCGAAAAUGUCGUCAAUAUCGGCACAAGGAGUUGUGGAAAGAGCGUCUGCAGAACUAUCUAAACGGAUAAAUGGAUUGGGACUUCGGAGUAGCAAACACCAUGCUACCAAAGGUAGCGUUAUGGAAAGGGUGACCAACGUUUUUUGUGGAGGAAGUACGAAUUCAGUUGUAGGUGCCCCAGAGAAGCCUUCAAGAUUAUUACCAGCGAGAGGAAUUGUGAAAAAUGCGAAUUCUGGUGUUUCCCAUCCAGCAGGAAGUACUUUGGUAACACCUAGAAGGCAACGUAUUCUACCUACAUACCUAACGUGGGAACAAAUUCUAAUGGACGAUAAAUUUCUUUCCAACUUUUUUUUGUACUUCACUCCACGAGAAAUAUGUGUUUUAGCACAGGUCUGCACUCGAUGGAGGGAUGUUUUGUAUAAGUCUCCACGUUAUUGGACGGGGCUAGUGCCAGUUCUGCAAUGCCGAGAAAUGCGCGACAUUAAAGGAAUCGCACUAGCUAGGUUUUACCAUACCUUUUCGAGAAGAGGCUUCCCCAGUUUGUCACUAAUGGGUGCGUCAGAUGAAGACGCUAUGAAUUUAGUCAAUAUAUUUCUUAUCGCUUCAAAAUGUAUACAAACGCUCAGUCUAAGAUGUUCCAGCAUUACCGACAGAGGAUUAGAAGCACUUCUUGACCAUCUCAAGGCACUAGAAGAGUUAGAAUUGGCAGGUUGUAAUGAGAUAACGGAGGCAGGUCUUUGGGCGUGUCUAAAUCAAAGAAUAGUUUCCCUCACUCUAACGGACUGUAUAAACAUAGCGGACGAAGCCGUCGGAGCGGUUGCUCAGUUAUUACCGGCGCUCUACGAGUUUUCAUUACAAGCUUACCAUGUUACCGACGCUGCUUUAGGUUAUUUCUCGCCCAAACAGAGCAAUACUCUCAACGUGCUAAGGCUUCAUUCGUGUUGGGAGAUCACCAAUCAUGGUAUUGUAAAUAUAGUUCAUUCGCUACCGAAUUUAACGAUAUUGAGCUUAUCAGGAUGUAGUAAAAUAACUGAUGAUGGAGUAGAACUUAUAGCUGAAAAUUUACAGAAACUGAAAUCCUUAGAUCUAUCUUGGUGUCCUCGAAUCACUGACGCUGCCUUGGAAUAUAUAGCUUGCGACCUCAAUCAGUUAGAAGAACUAACUCUAGAUAGAUGUGUACAUAUAACAGAUAUAGGAAUCGGUUAUAUUUCCACGAUGUUAUCGUUGCAAUCCUUAUAUUUGCGUUGGUGUUCCCAAAUAAGAGAUUUCGGACUGCAACAUUUAUGCGGAAUGCGUAAUCUACAAAUACUCUCCUUAGCAGGUUGUCCAUUACUGACUUCAAGUGGCCUGUCAAGUUUGAUACAAUUGCGACAUAUGAAAGAAUUAGAAUUAACAAAUUGUCCAGGAGCGUCAAAAGAAUUAUUCGAUUAUCUUAGGGAACAUCUCCCCCGUUGCCUCGUUAUAGAAUAAGCUCGCCAUAUUGUCCACUUGUUAUAUUUGAUACUAGACCGUGCAAUAAUACUAUACCUUCAAAUAAUUUUGUAUAUUUAUUUUCUCGUAUUUUUUUUAUUGUUUUCGUUAGUUCUCUUGUUUUAUAUGGAAGAUUUUCGAGGUUAAUUUGCUUCAAUAAUAAAGCUUAUCAAAGAAAUGUUUUAAAAGUGAUGAAAGAAUGCUUUGAAAACUGAAUUUCAAUGGCUGUUUGAUUCAUAAACGGUUCUAAUUAUCGAUUUACUAUGUAAAGAGUCAGUUCUGUCACAUAAAAAAUUAUAUGACCAUGGGAAUUGUAGGAUCAAACCACUGUGGUAUUCGUUGGUUUCUCUAAUGGUUGUAGUACCAAAUAAUUUUCUUAAUAUCUUCCUUAUUCACUCUUCAAAUGUGCUUUAACCUUGUCUUCACUUUGCUUUGUCUACAACUAGUUUCCUCUACUUCUUCUGCAAAUGAGUUCGUACUAUCCGAGUCUACAUGUGCAAUAUGCAAUGUCUUCCCCAUUCAUUAGUCUUCUUAUUUUUCCUCUUCUGUUUUAUACAAACUGUAAUUUUUUCUCUCAAAGAUAAUAUACUGUAAAUGAGUAGGAAAUACCCGGCGUGUCCACCAAACUUUAGCUUCGACGACAUAUUGGAACAGGGCCAGCUUAAUGGUCUAUAUCAUGAUAAUCACGACACAUCAAAAGAUUCAGAAGAAGACCUAGACAUCAAUGGGUUCAAACGAAGGACCAAUACAUAAACAUUUGAUGACGUAAGAUUCAAAUAAACAAAAAAAUUAUCAUUUGUGACAAAAUUGACAUAGCACAAAGAAAUACAUAAAAUAGUUAUUUCAAGAAUUUUAAAUGAUACAGCUAAAAUGGUGACUGUUUUAAUUAAAAAAAAACUAAUAACUCAACAAUAAAAAAUGCAUAGAACUAAUUAAAUAAGAAUUGAAGCAAGUUAAUCAGAUUGGAGGAAUUAGUUAAUUUAAAAAUCAUUACUAUUUAUAUUAAUAAUAAUUGACUGAAUAGUAACGAUCAAAUUUGCUUUGAAAAUAAAAAUUAAUGAAUUCUUCCAUUAUAAUCAAUUUAUAAUAAAAACAUUUCACACAGAGAAAGGAGCACUACUGUUUUGUAAUUUCCUAACUAUUUAUUUUCCAAAAUGCAAUAUCUACACCCGUUAAAUAUAAAUAACUUAUUUCAUUUUUCAUAUACAUGAAAUUGUUGCAACAAAAUAAUUAUUAAUAUUAGAUUCAUAAUAAUUUAGAUAGCAGAGAUAGGUUCAUCUACUACUGCUACAAAACAUUUUCAAGUGUUGUAAAACUUGGAAUUGGUAUCACGUAUCAUCAUUUUCAAUAAAAAAUAACACAUCUUUGCAAUGGUGUAGAUGGGUAUAGAUAGAUUUAAAAAUCCCCUAGACUUUACCACAAAUGACUGACUAAUUUUAUUACUUUUACGCUGGUUAGACUAGACAACAAUUUUAAAAGCUUUUUUGUUUGGGGUAUCACUAGAAGUUUGUUUCAAGUUUGAUAUGAGGUAAAUCGAUAAUCUUUGAAAUGAAAGAAAAGGGGUUUUACUGAUAAUGAUGCAUUUGUUUAUACUACAACUCUGGUACUUUCUCUGUGAUCUCUAUUUGUAAAAAUGUACAAAUAUCAAUGUUUAUUGAAAUUUAAACAAAUUCUUAUUAUACAUUGAUUAUUCCGUCAAAAUCUGAUGAUUUUCAAAUGGUCCAUUAUUAAAAUAAAUAUUCAUAUGGCAGGCAAUAAAAAACAGCAAUAUUUAGAAUAGUUUGAAGAUGAUUAGAAUUAAAUCUAAAAUUUCGCACUAACCAGAAAUGAAAAUGUAAAAUCACUUAUCAAAGUAGGAGAAAGUGAAUUAAAGAUAUUUUAAAACUAAAUCCAAGGAUGAAAUACUCGUAUAUCUUUAUUACACAAGAAUUGAAAAGGAGCACUCUCAAAAAUGAGAUAUUAAGCAAAAUAUUUUUUUUCGUACUUAUAAAAACAUCUUCCUUCAUACUAAAACACAAAACAAAUAAAACCAAUGCCACAAAAAAAUUACUAAAAUUAGUAAUAGAAAAACUUUUUUAUAUCAUAAGUUAUUAUUUACAAGUGAUUUAUUGGAAUAUUUUCAUUUGAAACAUUUGUUUUUAUUCAAAUGUCAUAAAUUGUCUCUUCUAAUCCUGAAAGUAUGAUCAAGAAGAUAAUUUGAUUGUUUCUGAAGCAACUGCAAUGAAUCCUAUAUUUAGAAAAUAUCAAUUUCGCCCAUAUGCAGUGGGGAUUAAGGAAAAUGUUGAAUAUUUACCUUGAAAAAUACAUUUCUACAUAUAUAUUCUGAAACUCAAGAUUUAACACAAACCCAGUGAUUUUCUUCAUAUAGUAAAAUGGUUUUCUAUAGAUAUAGAGGAAAUAAAAGAUUUUGAAUUUCAUUAUUAUUGGAUUGGAAACUGACUGCAUUUUUCAUUUACAAAAAUAAAAAGAACUUUCACAUGUAAAAAGAGAAAAAACAUGCCACUUACUUUUGCCUUGAUUAUAAUGUGAUCCACAACUUUUAUUUUCCAAAGUUACUCACAAAUCCUGCCUUAAAGUACUUAAGAGCAUCAUGACUUUUAUAUCCCUUAGUUUGGUUAAGUUUGAAUCAUUAAAAAUAACCCCGAGUAUAUAUUGCUCACAAGGCUAUUUUUUGUUUGUAGCUACUCGAAACUACCGGAAUUUCUGUAUCUAAAUUAACUAGAUAAUUACUCAUAUUGGAGUCUUAGAAUUAUUUUUCACGUACAGAAAUAACUUUAGAAAUUUAAAAUAGAUAGGCAAGCCUCAAAAGCUCAUUCAAAAAUGAGUAAAGUUAAACAGUUAAAAAUUAUACGUUGAAGUUGGCUUAAAGGGACUUUUUGAGGUUAAGUUCUCUUAAAUUAAUCUUCUUUUUUGACAUAGAUGAUAGAACUACGAUUGUAAACAAGCAACUAAAUAUAGUUUACGAUAUUUAUUUGCAGAAAAGAUAGUUUCAAAUAAAUAUGUAAUAUGAUUUUUUUUCAUGUCAAUGAAAUCACUCAGAUUCAUCUUAGCUAGCACCCCUUAUUAACUUUCUCGAUACACCACUAAUUCUCAUACUUUUCCCUAAACACGAUUUGAUGAUUAAUUUUCUAAGCCUGGUGAAGUACGAAGCAUUAUAAGUAUUUGUGUGAUGUGUCAUUAAAUGUAAUAAAAAAGAAACGAUUUCAAUUUUUAUAAAAUUCAAAUAAAAAUGAACACAAAAUUUUCUGGACUGCCACAGUAGCUGCCCUGAAAACUCUUUUAAAACUUGGGCCAUAAACUAUGAUUUUGUUUCCAAAUUAACUUCCACAGCUUGUCAGUAAUAAUAAAAAAUAUUGAUUAAAUAUUUAAUAAUAAUUUUGUGGAUCAUUUGAAAUAAAAUGUAUCGUGAUGUGAUCUUGAGUCCUUAUUAUAUGGUGAUACCCAUGUUUAAUUAUCAACUAAAUAGAUAUUUUGUAAGAAU